AUGAGCCAAACCAGGGACUUACAGGGAGGAAAAGCUUUCGGACUGCUCAAGAUCCAGCAGGAAGAGAGACUGGAUGAGAUCAACAAGCAAUUCCUGGAUGAUCCGAAAUAUAGCAGUGAUGAGCAUCUGCCCGCCAAACUGGAAGCCUUCAAGAAGAAAUACAUGGAGUUUGACCUGAAUGGAAAUGGAGACAUCGAUAUCAUGUCCCUGAAGCGAAUGCUGGAGAAACUGGGUGUCCCCAAGACCCACCUGGAGCUAAAGAAAUUAAUUAGGGAGGUGUCUGGUAGCUCUGUGGAGUCAUUCAGCUACCCUGACUUUCUCACUAUGAUGUUGGGCAAGAGAUCCGCCAUCCUAAAAAUGAUCCUGAUGUACGAGGAAAAAGCAAGAGAACAGGAAAAGCCAACUGGUCCCCCAGCCAAGAGAGCCAUCUCUGAGUUGCCCUGA